AGAGGAAGAAGGAAUGGAAGGGGGAGGACGAGGACGAGGAAAAGAAAGUCCAGAACGGCGGUGGUGGUGGUGGUGGUGGUGGAGGUGGAGGUCGAAUGAAUGGUCGAGUUUCCGUGGUUGCGGUGAAGGGAGAGAGAGUGAGUUGGUUUGAGGCCAGUGAGAAUUUCGUAAUGUCAAGCCAUCAACACAACACACACACAACUUAGUGCACCAAGUGAUGUAGGUUAUGUGCCACCGGAAGAAGGAAUGCUGCGACCACUCUCUUCUCCUGUUUCCCUUUCUCCUGAAUAAUAAAAAACCCAAACUCUGUGUGGGUUCGCCUCGUUCACAAAAGAAAUCUUUGUGCUGGAUUGGCGGUUGGUGUUCCUCCUGCUGCUCGCUGCCGAAUAAAUUUCGAGCUUUCGAUCUUCUCUUCCUCUUGAUUAAACAUCAGCCAAUGGAUCAGCCCUCGUCUCCUAUCCUCAGCUGGGCACCGUUUUCCGGGGAAUGCUUAAAUGAAAUAACCUUACCUGAGAUCUAUUUGCAGAGAGGCACUGGACUGAGUAAGAAGGCGAGAGAAGGAAGCAACUUCAGUCAGCAGCGUGAGAGGGCAGACACCGUAACGUUAUAUAGAAUUCCGGAGAUGCACACACGCAGUCAGAUACACAUACACAGCACACACAACCACAUACAGAUACGAGAUCUCGCAAAGUCAGCAGCAAGCCAUCGUCUACCGCAUCUGUCCCGGUCUUCUUCGUCCCACCAGCAAUCGUCGCACCACCACCACCAUCCAUCCAUCUUCGUACCUUACCUUACCUUACCUAUCCUUCCAUCCCUAUCUUUCCCUAUCCCCGUCCGCUCAACAUGCAAUACAACCCAUACAACCUCAUGUUAUGGACUGACACGUCGAACCCCACAUCCGCGUCCAAGUUGUUGACCACCACGUCCCUCCUCCGUCCCUUUCAUUCCAGCAUCACGAAUCCCAGCACCUGACAUCCAAAUUCUGGACCUUGCACAAGAGCGAUUUGCAAUCUCAGCCAAUCCCUCCCAUCCGCACCUCCAAUUAGAGAAUGCAGCCCUUAACCAAUAAUCACUGGCCUCACCCACUGGGCUGAGACCUGAGACCCGGCUGCGGGUCAAUACAGCACGCAAUCAAGGACCUGCAGAACCACAGAGAGAGAAGCCUAGAACAGAACAGGUCGGAAUUAUUGGGUCGUGCUGCUGGUAACCCGGUGCCAUGAUUGGAUGUCAGCAAAGCCGAUGCUUACCUUACCAGAUUGACGAACACUAUGGAACUGCGCCAACGCACGCAUCCGACGAGUAGGUAGUUAUCUGAUUGAUUU